GCACGAGAAUGAGCACUCCCUGUGUCAGGUGGUGGAGGCAGACACAUGCGGGAUGCACAAGUUUCUGGAUGACCUGAGCCUGGCCAAGGCUGGCCUGGAGGCCCAGCAGGAGUCCCUGAAGGAGCAUCUCUGUCUUGAGAGCAACCAUCAGCAGGAAGUGAGCACUCUGAAGUGCCAACUGGGGGACAAGCUCUGGAUUGAGCUGGACACGGAGCCCACUGUGGAUCCGGGCAGGGUGCUGGAGGAGGUUGGUGCCAUGGUGGAGACCAACCUCUGUGAUGUGGAGCGGCGGUUCCAAGCUCAGUCUGAAGGCAUCAGCCUGCAGGCCACAUCCUGCUCCGAGGAGCCGCAGUGCUGCCAGUCAGAGAUCCUGGAGCUGCGAUGCCCCGUGAACGCCCUGGAAGUGGAGCGCCAGGCUCAGCCCGCGCUGAAAGGCUGUCUGCGGAACUCCCUGCGUGAAGCUGAGGCCUGCUUCAGCACCGAGCUGGCUCAGAUGCAGACCCUUAUCAGCAAU